AUGAUGGCAUCACACGGUCUACUGGAAGUCGAUUAUAUUGAGAUCAAAGUCAUAGUCGACAAUGAAGUCGACCCCAUCUCACCAUCCAACAACCCCGCUGUACAGUACACCGGGUUCCUCCAAGGAGUUUCGCUGGACCGACUACCCUCGGGAGAUGACAGAGGGGGCGCGGUGGCCGAGUUGAAGAUGGGAAACAUCUGCUGCGGAGCCCAUGGACUGUCACUCAUGAUCACCGCCAAGAAAGGUGACGCAACGCACACAAUGCUGUUUGACACUGGCCCGGAGGAGUCGACAUGGGAACGGAAUGCCACGCGAAUCCGCGCUAACAUCGCCUCGAUCGAGCACAUACACCUGUCUCACUGGCACCGCGACCACUCAGGAGGGAUGCUCGAGGCCAUACGAAUGAUAAACGCGUCCAAGAUACAGAGAGGAGUCAACACCAAGCCUCCCAAGGUCGUUGUCGAUCUGCAUCCGGACAGACCGGACUACAGGGGCAUGAUGACGCCCGACGGCACGAUCGUCAGCCUAGAGGCAGAUCCUGCUUUCGACGAGAUUAAGGACGCUGGUGGGGUUUUACUCAAGAAGAGUGACGUGCAUCCUGUGUUGGAUGGGUUCUUCCUCACCUCCGGCGCCAUUCCUCGCGCGACUCCGUAUGAGCUCGGAAUCAGAGGCGGUAUGCGAUUCAGCGAGAGCACUGGCAAAUGGUCUUCAGAUGAGUCCAUUAGCGACGAGCGACUGGUCAUGUGCAACCUCAAGGGCAAAGGCCUUGUCGUCUUCACAGGCUGCAGCCACGCUGGUGUUAUCAAUGUUUCCAAGCAUGCCAUUGAUCUUGUGCAAGGAGUACCAUUAUACGCCGUGGUUGGAGGUUUCCACCUGGCUGACAACCAGCCUGAGAAGUUGGAGUCUUCUCUUGCAGACCUCAAGAGCCUGGGACCUAAGGUACUCAUGCCCGGGCACUGCACCGGAUACAAGUUCAAAUUUCUGAUUGAGCAGGCCAUUCCUGGUAUCCUGGCUCCCUCAUUUUGUGGUACAACGUAUACCCUAGUAUAA